CGGGGCGCUGGGUCGCCGCGUUUGGGCUGAGCGCGGCGACGCUGCUGCCCCGAAAUCCUCCCCGAUCUUGAGGCGUAUGGAACCUCAAGGUCUUUGUGAUAAUGGAAACCAAAAAAUUGAUUGGUAAACCGCUUCAACCAGCAAGACCUGUUCGUCAUCUGACUUCUCCCCCUGGAGCAGUAUUCCCUUUCACCUUUCAGAAUGAAUAUUCAUGCAACACUCAAUGCUUACAAAGUGGAGUUAGCAGAUGUAAGACGAAUGGAAUGCAAGCCUUUUCUCAAGGUCAUAAUGAACAACAGCAACAUCAGUCUCCAGUUAAAAAAGAGAGAAUUAAAUACAGCAGAGAUUUCCUGUUGAAGCUCUCAAGCGUUUCCAUCUGCAGAAAAAAACCAGACUUUCUGCCUGAUCAUCCCAUUGUACUUCAAAAACCAGAAAACCACCAAAGUUUUAAGUAGCAUUUUAAGAACAAAUGAAUUUGAAGAUAAAGAAUUAUUCAUUUUCUAUUUUGGACACCUGCAAAUGAAGUGGAUCUAGUAACAAUAACUGUAAUGGACUGUGACAAUUCAGUUUAUUUUUAAUUUUGAUGGUUGGGUAUUUGGUUUCUCCUAAAAUGAGAAAUAUUUUAAACUAUAAAGAAUUUUCUAAUCAGUUUCAGCUUUGCAGGCAGUUUCCUGCAUAAAUUGGGAAGUAACACUGGAAAGUAAGAAUUUGGUUAGUAGGGAAGGCUGUAUUUAUAAUUUGCAUGCUACUUGCAAUUUUUUGUUUUUCAUCUCUUGUAAUAAUGGAAUGGAAAUGUAAGCUGUAAAGAUUCUCAAAUAUAAAGUAUUUGCUAUGAUGUAUAUAUGGUACAUAAUUUCUUGUUGUUUCUAAAGUUGGCUUUUGUUCUGUUUUCCACUGAUUUCAUACCAGCACUCUCAAAGGAUCUUUACAAUCUCUCCAGAGGCUUAAAAUGACCCAAGAUGUUCAAUGCAUAGUUCUCAAUGACAGAAAGGAGAAUAUUUUAACAGGCAUUUCUUUGGUCUCUAGGUUUUUGAUAAAAUUGUUCAAUAUUCAUGAUUACUAGCAGAGAUUGACAAUUUGGAAACAAGGAAACUCAAGGUGAAAACAGCUGCUACUUGUUGUCUCUAAUCAGACUCCAUGAACAGAAGAAGUUAGGCAAUUGCAAAUUAAUACUGAUUUUUUUUUCCAAAAGAGGAAAGAUUUAGGCAUUUGCAAGUAAUUGAGGUACAUUAAGUUUCAAUUCUUUAAUUUCGUAUGACAAGAACAUGUAUGGAUGAAGAAUUUGGGGGCUAAGCUUUUAGCUCCUAGAAAUUUUAUAUAAUAAAUCUCCUGCAUUUUGUCACUCUGGACAUUACUAUUGAAAAAAAGAGUUUCUUCCAGCAUAGUGUCAAAAAAAAUUGCUGAUAUAAAGGUAAGUGUAAACUCUCCCUAAUUCUAUUCUCAGAAAUCCCCAGGUCUACGGGCAAGGCAUUCAAGACCCUCAUUUGGCAGAAAGUUUUAUCAUAAACUGAAUUCUGAACUCCUAAAACCAGUACCUUUUUUUUCACUGGUCUUUGGGCUUUUUUUUACCUGGAUUCAAGCUUUAGUCCAUGGUAGGCUUCCCAUCUUGGUCUUUUAGUACACUACCUUUCAUUACUUCGCUCGCCAGGGGGGAAAAAUACACUAAAACCAUACAUUUCUGGGUUACUUAAAAAUAUUUAAACCUUUAGGGCCCAGAUUUAUUUUUGUCCUAUUUUCCCUUUAUAUUAUUACAGGUUCCAGUGUGUAUAUACAUAUAUAUAUAUAUACACACACACACAACAAUUUAUGUAUAAUUUGUAUAAGAGCUGAGGUAUUACCAUAAUUAAAUUGGUUUAUUAUUUGCUUGUUCUCAAAGGGUUUUUUUUUGGACUCUAAGUAAAAAAAUGGUAGUAGAACUUAUUCUAGUUUGGAAUCUAAAGAGCUUUUCCGCUCAGCACUGUUAUUGAGGGCAGAAACCUUUUUAAAGUCAUACCACCAUGGUACUUUGCAAACUGCCUCACACUUAAAAGACUUAGGUACUUUCUUAAUCUAAUACUGAAAUGUGUUUUGAUUGGCUAUAAUUUGUAUUUUUUGAAACCAUUCAUAACCAACCUUUUCAAGAAGUUUUAUGUCAAAAGUCACUGUAUAUAAUCAGAGUGAGACUGCAAAGUCUGUUUUAUUAUCUGUUUGCCUUUGUACAUAUGUAUAGCUUGUCUGAGUAAUCAUUGUACAUCUUCAUUAAUAUUCUCUGCUUUGUAUAUAAAUUAAAAGAGUUGAGCCA